UAGCGAUAAUUAUAUUCAUUGUUGGUUUCGUGGGGAACAUUCUUGUAGUUUUGGUAGUAUGUCGGACCAAGAGUAUGCACACCCCUACCAACUGUUACCUUCUGAGUUUAUCAGUGGCAGACUGUUUGGUUCUUCUCUCGGCCACACUUCCUGCCGUGCCUGAACCUUUUUUCCAGGUGAACGAAUGGCCCUGGGGUCAGGCUAUGUGUUCGAUACUGAUUUUCUUGCAAUACUUAGGAGUUGAUGCUUCGGCACUUUCUAUGACGGCAUUUACUGUAGAGAGAUACAUUGCAAUAUGUCACCCCAUGAAAGCUCAACGAAUGUGUACAGUGAAAAGGGCCAUGAAGAUAACUGCCGGGAUUUGGAUAUUCACGCUCAUGUAUACUGCACCUUGGCUUGGUUUGACGAUGACUAGAAGACACCCCAAGUCCGGUAUAGUGCAAUGUACAUAUCGUCUAAAGAGGAACCAGUACCUGUUUUAUUAUAUGACGGAUCUGAUAGCAUUUUAUGUGUUGCCUCUUAUCAUUGCUGCAUGUCUAUAUGGCCUAAUAGCACGGAUUUUGUUCAGCACCAACAUUUCUAAAACACCCGGUGGGAAAUAUAAAGAAAAUGGCAAGUACCGUGUAAAGAAAAAUACCAGCUCCAGGAAACAAGUAGUGCGGAUGCUGAUCGUGAUUGUCGGGGUGUUCGCCACACUAUGGCUGCCAUACCGAGCUAUGGUAGUAUACAACUCAUUUUCAAGACAUAAAUAUCUUGAUACUUGGUUUCUUCUCUUCUGUCGAGUCAUGAUCUACAUCAACAGUGCCAUAAACCCGAUCCUCUACAACGCCAUGUCUGUCAAGUUUCGACGGGCCUUCCAGAAAGUGCUUUGUUGUGGCAUACGUCAUAUGAAACAUCAAAAUGAGAUAUACAGUGAUGGAGUAUGCUAUGAACGGACAACUCUUGCAGCGAACAGGAGUCAUCACCAAGAAAACACAUACCUAAUGCUGCCUCACAAGGCCCUUUCGAAAUCCUCGGAGUCCGUCAAUGACACUCGAGGCUCAGCAGUGAAAAUAACGCUAUAGCAUGCUGCUCAUUUAUCAUCUGAUGUACCAAGUGUCAACUCUCAGGAUGUAUGUGUAUUGAAGUUUUUAUCUAGACAUGCCAUUCUCAGCAUAGCUAUACAUACUUGUAUAUUGUUAGCAUUAAGCUACUUGCUACAUUGAAACAAAUACAUUUCUCCCUUCUGAACCACUUCAUAAAUGGAUAUAAUAUCACGUGAUGAUUAUCAAGAUGCAUGUUACAAUCUAGUUGUACUUACACCUGUACACAUCAGGCACGAAUCCACAGCAUUGUCAGCAUAAAAAUCAACACCGUGUUGAAGUAACAAAUGCACAAGGUCAUCAAUCACCUGACUAAUGGACGUAGUAAUAAGCAACACCCGGUUGUAAGGAAGCCUGACAUUGACAGAAUGAAAUAUCAACAUCCGGUUGCAAUUGAAUGUGUAAACAGUCAACGUCAAUAUCCACAUCUGCUUGACGUUCCAAAUGUACGUUAUAAGCAUACAUGAUAUCUUGUACGAAUACGUGAAUAAAGGUCAGCAUCCGGUUGUACUAAUGCUUGAAGAUUGUCUGCAUAAAUGUCAACAUCCAGAUGUUUUAACAUAUAUACACUGCAAUAUCCGGUUAUUAUGACAUGUGGACACUGUCUUCAGCAAUAUCGACAUCUGGCUAGGGUAUUUCUUAUGGGCUUAUUCUCUCUCGUAUAUAUCUGAAUAUCUGAUUGUUUCCACACGUUUACAUUCAUGUUAAACAACUAAACGUUAACAUCAGGUUGUGUGAAUAUUCAGGAAAAAAUCCAUAUAUACGAUUAUAAAGUCUUAUUAAUUAUGCAGUUCGUUCAAUCUUGACUGCUGUGAGAGGCUCUCGUCGCCAUGCAAACAAUACAUAAAGACUGACUACAUCAAUAUCCGACAAGUGUAUCACACCAUAUAUACGGGGUAUACGUAACUCAAACAGUCAGUUGCUUGUCCAUUAUUUUGGAACAUAAUAAUAUAUAAAACAAAACAAAAACACUUCUUGAUAUUUUAAAUUGUAUGUUAUA